AUGUCUUCUCGCAUUCUUGACACCAUCAAACGGGACCAUCGCGAGAUAGAGGCAUGCUACGAUCGAAUCAUCAAGUCGACCGAUCCGGACGAGCAGACCCGGUUCCAGAACCAGUUCACCUGGGAACUGGCGCGGCAUGCCGUCGGCGAGGAAUUGGUGCUCUAUCCCGCGCUGGAAAAGCAUCUGCCGGAUGGACACGAGCUGGCGGAGAAGGAUCGGAAUGAGAGUCAGACGAACAUGUCCUGCUCCGACCCGCAGUUCCUGCCCACAAUCCGGGCCCUGAUGGACGACCUCUCGCAGCACCUGAAGGAGGAAGAAACCAACGACGUGCCCAAACUCGACAAUGCGCUGUCCUGGCAGGAGAGCAACCGGCUGGCCCGCUCGUUCGACCGCACCAAGAUGUUUGUCCCGACGCGCUCGCACCCGGGAGCGCCCAACAGGCCGCCUUUCGAGACGGCUGUUGCGUUGUUGACGGCGCCGAUUGAUCGGCUGGCUGAUAUUUUUCGGAAGUGGCCGGAUGAGGAGAUGUAUGAGCCGGAGCCGAGUGAUGGGAUGAGCUGA